UAUUGUCAAUCCACCCCGUGAGCAAAUCAUUCCACCCCCAUCUUUCAAGCAGAAAGCUGUAUCACUUCGCAUCAAGACAGCGAGAGAAAUAAAUCUAACAAUUUCCUCAACUGCCGCCGACAUGUCAUCCACCAGCGAGAGCAGGUACACCUAUGAGCAGUACAAGGAGACAGCUGAUUGGCUGCUGGAGCGUACACUGCACAUGCCCAAGGUGGCCAUCAUCUGUGGUUCUGGACUGGGAGGGCUGGCAGACUUACUGAAGAAUAGUGUAGCCUUCCCUUAUAAAGACAUCCCUCACUUCCCUCAGAGCACAGUGCCAGGCCAUGCUGGGAAUCUGGUGUUUGGGGAGCUGCAAGGGAAGGCCUGUGUUUGUAUGCAGGGCAGGUUCCAUUACUAUGAGGGCUACAGCAUCGCCAUGGUGACGUACCCGGUGCGUGUGUCUACUCUGCUUGGGGUGGAGACGUUGAUAGUGACCAACGCUGCAGGAGGACUGAACCCUAAGUUCAAUGUUGGUGACAUCAUGUUGAUCAGAGACCACAUCAAUAUGCCUGGCCUGGCCGGCAUCAACCCUCUGAGGGGACACAACGAUGACAGGUUUGGUGUGCGGUUCCCCUGCAUGUCGGAUGCGUAUGAUGCAGACCUGGGCCGUUUGGCUCGAGAGGUGGCGGAGGAGCAGGGCUGUUCCUCUUUCCUCCAACAGGGGGUGUACUGCAAUGUGGGCGGCCCCGCCUUCGAGACAGUGGCAGAGAGCAAGAUACUGCUGAGCCUGGGGGCAGACGCUGUGGGUAUGAGUACAGUGCCAGAAGUGAUUGUGGCUCGUCACUGUGGUCUGCGUGUGUUUGGCCUGUCUCUCAUCACCAACCGCGUGGUGUCAGAGUAUGGCAGCCAGGACCGCGCUAACCAUGAGGAGGUGCUGGAAAUCACGCAGCGACGCACACAGGACCUGCAGAAACUCAUCAUUAACCUCCUGGCCCGAAUAUAGAUACACACACUAUCUGAUAGUGAUGUUCAAUUUCUUUUUGAUUUAUUUCACCUUUAUUUAACCAGGUAGGCUAGUUGAGAACAAGUUCUAAUUUACAACUGCAACCUGGCUAAGAUAAAGCAAAGCAGUUCGACACAUGCAACAACACAGAGUUACACAUGGAAUAAACAAACAUACAGUCAAUAAUACAGUAGAAAAAGUCUAUAUACAGUGGUGGCAAAUGAGGUAGGAUACGGGAGGUAAAGCAAUAAAUAGGCCAUGGUGGCGAAGUAAUUACAAUAUAGCAAUUAAACACUGGAAUGGUAGAUGUGCAGAAGAUGAAUGUGCAAGUAGAGAUACUGGGGUGCAAAGGAGAAAGAUACAUAAAUAAAUACAGUAUGGGGAUGAGGUAGUUGGAUGGGCUAUUUACAGAUGGGCUAUGUACAGGUACAGUGAGCUGCUCUGACAGCUGGCGCUUAAAGCUAGUGAGGGAGCUAUGAGUCUCCAGCUUCAGUGAUUUUUGCAGUUCGUUCCAGUCAUUGGUGCUGUGAUAGACUGCAUCCAAUUUGUUGAGUAGAGUGUUGUAGGCUAUUUUGUAAAUGAUAUCGCCAAAGUUGAGGUUCGGCAGGAUGGUCAGUUUUACGAGGGUAUGAUUGGCAGCAUGAGUGAAGGAUGCUUUGUUGCGAAAUAGGAAGCCGAUUCUAGAUGUAAUUUUGGAUUGGAGAUGCUUAAUGUGAGUCUGGAAGGAGAGUUUACAGUCUAACCAGACACCUAGGUAUUUGUAGUUGUCCACAUAUUCUAAGUCAGAACCAUCCAAUACUGUCAGUAUAAUAAAAACUAAGGACAGCUUGAAUCAGAGAGAUACGAGUGUAUCUGAUUCCACACCCUGUUUUGCAAAUCAGUAUUUGUGAGUUAUUAAUAUGUGCCUGAGAUUGAGAGGACAUGGAACUCAACUCCACCUUAUUAUUGUCCACAACUGAUUAUUCUUUCUUAAGUAAUAUCUUAUUUUCUUGAAAAAGCUGACACUGAUAUUCCAUUCAGUUGAAAGUCCUUUUUGUAACUAUCUUUCUAAAAAUAAAUGAAUAUAUUAUAUUAUAGUACUGUUAUCUGUUAUUGUACUGACAGUAUUGACAGUUUUAAUUGAUUCAUAUAAAAGUUUUUAUUCUAUGAACAUAAUGCCUCUUUCUGCUGUUGUUGUCUUGCUUAUAACCCUGCAUCUCUUCUGAAACACUCUUGUGAAAUAAAAGGCACCAUUCCAAUCA